GGUCGUUGAUUGUUUUGAUAAAACAGAAGGGCGGAAUCUACCGCAAACUUCUCCUCAUUGCUACUAAACAUCAGCACAUAUUUCACUCAAACUGUCUGAAACAUGACGGGAACGGAGGACACACAAACCAGCUACGAAGGAUCGUUUGGUGCUAAAGAAGCAGAGGCCAUUGUUAAAGAGAGUGUAGAUGCUACGAUCGGAGGAGAGGACUAUAACAAAGACCAGGUCAACAAAUGGACAGCGGCCAUUUUGGAACGCUGCAUCAGUGACCUGUGCAAACUGGGCAAACAGUACAAGUAUAUAGUGACAUGUGCAGUGACUCAGAAAACUGGAGCUGGACUUCACGCAGCGAACUCCUGUUUCUGGGACACAGCUCUGGACGGCAGCUGCACUGUCAAAUGGGAAAACCGCACCAUGUAUUGCAUCGUCAGUGUCUUUGCUUUGUCUAUCGCUUAAAACAAAACAAAACAAAAUAUAAACGUUUAUUUAUGUUUCAAACUGCAGUAAAAUCACAUUACAUGCAUGAGAGCACGUGACUGGUUGACGCAAUGCCCUCUGAGAUCAACAGGGGGCGCUAUAGUGCCACAAAUGCAACGCCUUAAAGUGGACUUUUUUUUUUUUUUUUGCCUUUUUCAAUAAUGCCAAUAAGAAAUAGAUAUGUUUCAAUUUCUGCUUAAAAUCUGUUAUUAUGUCACUGUUCUGAUGUAUCUGCUGUUGUGGGCCAAAUAAAAAAACACAUUUGU